AUGCUUAUCAUACGCACAGAAACAGGAUUCUCUCCCCUGUAAUGUUCAGAGAAAGGGUCCUCUUUGCUGGCUACACAGCCUUUCUUUUCCUGCAAGUCCUCCAAACUUGCAAUGGUAAGGGUAACAGUCUUUGUACCCCUUCUUCCUGUGGCAACAUCCACAACAUUAGCUACCCUUUUCGACUUCAAACCGACCCCAAAAACUGCGGAGACCACAGAUAUACCCUGUCCUGCGAAGGCAAUUUCACAGUUUUAUCUCUCUAUAAUGGGAAGUACUAUGUGCAGGCAAUCAACUACGAUAACUUCACCAUCAGACUUGUGGAUGCUGGUGUUCAUGAUCAAGAUGAUUGCUCUUCCAUCCCUCGUUUUCCUUUAACUGAGUUGAACUUCAGUUUAGAAGAUCCAUAUACUGUCUCUAAAUCCAAACGGACAGCGUUAGAUUGGGAUGCCAAAUUAUCAACAACUAUUACUUUCAUAAACUGUGUCCAGCCAGUAAUCCCAGUGUAUUUUAACUCUUCUCUUUAUGUGGAAACUGCUCCUUGCACUAUUGGUGGAGUAGAGAAUUCUUAUGUGAAUGUUGGGGGCAUGGAAGGCAAGGAUUUGAUGAGUAUGUGCAGCAUAGAAAUGGUGGCUCUGUUACCUGAGAAGGAUUAUAAUAACAUGUCUUUUGUUGAAAUUCAGAGAGAGUUAGCAUAUGGGUUUGAGCUUUCAUGGCACUUUAUCUACUGCGGGCGUUGCAGAGGUUGCUAUUUCGAUGAGACAAAUACUGUUCAAUGCAUAAGUGGAUUUUUCAGAAGGGUUUGCUACCUCAAUUUUGGAAUUCGGUGCACAUACUUAUAUGAUUCUUCCAAAACAGACGCUUUUUUCUUUCGAAUUAAAAGGUCAUUCCUAACUGUACUUGUUCUCCUUGGAAUACUCCAUUGUAUCACAAAAACUUUAUGUGGGACUCCAUUCGUGAUCGCAUUUUUGAUCUAUAAAUGGCGAAGGAGACAUUUUUCGGGCUAUGACAUGGUUGAAGAAUUUCUACAAAGUCAAAAUAAUUUGAUGCCAAUAAGGUAUUCUUACAAAGACAUUAGGAAAAUGACUGGAGGCUUCAAGGACAAGUUGGGUGAAGGAGGCUUUGGUUCUGUGUAUAAAGGAACUCUUCGUAGCGGCCAUGUUGCUGCCAUAAAGAUGCUGAGUAACUCUAAAACUAAUGGGCAAGAUUUUAUUAAUGAAGUUGCUACCAUUGGAAGGAUUUACCAUACUAAUGUAGUUCAACUAAUUGGCUUUUGUGUCGAGGGAUCAAAGCGCGCUCUUAUUUAUGAUUUCAUGCCUAAUGGAUCUCUUGACAAGUACAUGUGUUCUCAUGAGGGAUCUUUUUCCUUAAGUUGGGACAAGUUAUAUGAAAUUUCUCUUGGAGUAGCUCGUGGCAUUGAAUAUUUGCAUAAAGGUUGUGACAUGCAAAUUCUACAUUUUGAUAUCAAGCCACACAAUAUUCUUCUUGAUGAGAAUUUCAUUCCAAAGAUUUCUGACUUUGGACUUGCUAAACUAUAUGCAACAAAUGAUAGCAUUAAGUCUCUCACUGCAGCAAGAGGAACAAUAGGAUACAUGGCACCAGAGUUAUUCUAUAGAAACAUUGGUCCUGUCUCAUACAAAGCAGAUGUCUAUAGUUUUGGAAUGCUGUUACUAGAAAUGGCAGGUAAAAGGAAGAAUUUGAAUGCAUUGGCAGCACAUUCAAGUGAAACUUACUUUCCGUUUUGGGUUUAUGAUGAAGUCUCUAAUGGGAAGGUUGUAGUAAUUGGUGAUGCCGCAGAGGAGUCAAAUAAAAUAGCUAAGAAGAUGGUUAUGGUAGGCCUGUGGUGUAUACAAAUGAAACCAAACAAUCGCCCUCCAAUGAACAAAGUCAUAGAGAUGCUUGAAGGAGAUGUGGAAAGUCUACAAUUGCCUCCAAGGCCAGCUCUGUAUCCAGAAGAAACUCCGAUAAAAGAUGGUGAAGAAUCUUUAUCUAUGUCGGUUGAUUUUUCAGAAUCAAGUAGUUUGGUUGAAAAUGCAUUCUAAAUUAUUAAUAUGGCGCAGCUGAAAUGCUUUUUUUCUUUUUCUCUCCUAAUUUGUUCAAAACUAAAGAAAGAUCAUGAUAUGUGGUGACUAUUUGUUUGUCCUGUACUUGACUUUAAGGUUUAAUCUGUCAAAUAUAACACUAGAAAGAAUCUAAUCAA